CAGCGAACGUUCUCGAACACUACGUCAUUUACAAAAAAAAUUCAAGACAAAUCGGCCGAAAAUCGCAUUUUUCUCUUGUAGAAGUGAAUUUGCGAGCAGCAAGUGCGUUUUAAUUAAUUUGACUGUUAAGCAACGUAUCAACAACAAAAUGUCGACAGCAGGUGCUAUUCCGCCACCCAUUUCAUGGGCUCAGCGCAACGACUUGGUAUUCGUGAUCAUCGAUGUGGAAUGCAAGGACAUUGAACACAAAGUGACAGACAACAGCUUCACUUUUAAGGGUGUGAAUGCGCUAGAUGGGUCCAAGAAAUACGAUGUCACAUUAAACUUUUACCAUUCGGUUGAUCCGGAGAAAGUAACAAGCAAGAACAUUGGACGCUGCCUUGAAUUCACAAUACCCAAGAAGGAGAGCGGGCCAUUCUGGCCAUCUCUAACUACGGACAAGACCAAGUUGCAUUUCCUAAAAGCCAACUUCGCCAAGUGGCGUGAUGAGUCUGAUGAGGAGGAAGAUCCCAAGGACAAUGGCAUGUUUGGCAACUUCUUGUCUGGUUCAAGUGGUGGUGAUUGGAACAAUAAGUUUGAUGAUUUCAACGUCGACGAGGACGACGAUGACUCUGACGACAAUAUUCCCAGUUUGUCAAAUCAAGAUGAUGAGGAGGAGGGUGGGGAGGGUGACAAAGAGAAGAAGCCGGCUGCCUAAACAGCUUCUCUGUUGAAGCAUAUUUGGCCCAUAUACAUAUGUACCAUUAAGUCACACACACACAUACACAUCCAUACACAAAAUUGCUCCCCAUACACACUUAGGCAAUGCGUUUAUUAACAUAAUUGCAAUUUCCUUUUGACACUAGCUGUAGUGACCUACGGUAAAAUGUUAAAAGCGGCAUGCAAAGGAACAAAAAAUGUAUCAACUUUACGCAUAACUUACACUUACACGCAACAACAAUAAGAGCAACGGAAAGAACAGCUAUAACCAAUUUAUUGCGAAGUUUCAUUUGCAAUUUAUUAAUUUUUUGUUUCCUGUAAAUAAAGGAAAUUAAAAAAAAGA